AGAAGCAGAAGCAAAUCUUGCCAAAAAUGAGUUCCUUUAACAACAACAACAACAUGGACAGUCUCCUCUUGCAAACCCUGAUGGGCAGAUUACAACUUCGACCUCCUUAUCUCCACACAAACUCUUACCUUUCCCAAAGUUUGGAAGAUUUUCUACUUGAUUCCAACGCAAUCCCAGACGAUGACGAUGGUGACGAUACCGAUAGAACUCCCCUUGCCAAAGAAGAAUCGAAGCUGGAGAAGGAGAUUAUUCGUAUCAUACUCACUGGCAACACCGAAUCCUUGAAACCCAAUUCAGGACAAGCUGUCACGAUCGGCGAACACCAUGUCUGCGUUGGAUUUCAUGAAGAUACGGGCUCUGAUUAUCGCGUUUGGGAGUGGCAUGGACAUAUAAUGCUGUUUGAUGAAGAAAAUGGGUAUUCCCCAGAAUAUAUCUAUGGGAAUUACUUCGAGAGAGCUCCGGCGCUGAAGCGAACCCCAGAUACUGAAAAAGAUGAGGAAAAGGUUGUGGAGAAGGAGGAGCGAGUAGGAAGCUUGGGGCUGAGGGAGUUGAUUGGAGGUAGGGAUUCAAUCGGUGGUCGGAUUCUUCAUCGGAACAUGAAUUCCAGCUCGCAGAGGUUUUAGGUGUGAGGACAGGUGUACUUGAGUAGGGCCAAGAGAAACAUUGGGGUUUGAACUUUGAAGAUGAAGCUGCAUUUGUUUUUUUGGCCUUUCUCCUUCAAGUUACAUUCAGAGGUUAUGAUUUUACCCAUCAUGUCUCAAGUUAAGUAGGCCCAAGUACAGUGGCAAUGGGCGAUCUUUUCAGUGGUAUUCAAAAAAUGAUGAGGUAAGGAAGGAAAACUUUUUUUGGAACUAGAAUGGGUAGUAGCAUGGUGGCACAAAACACUUCUUAUUUCUUUUGUUUUUUCACAAAUUUUGCAGGGAUUGCAUAUAUUUAUUUUUACUGAAAAUCGUAACAGUUUAGCCUUACUAAAUUUAUUGAUGAGAUGAUGAUAUUUGGAUGCUGUACCACUA